CCUGUGUGCACAUGCGCAGGAUCAGAAUCCUGGUAGCGGUACUUGCGGACAGUCUGAUUUACUGUAGCUAAUCCCCAGGGAUUGUGCUGGGAAAGAGCGACUGCGUGGAUACGCAAUAUAGAGGGCAGAGGGUUUUUGGUCAUUUUCAACGAACUGGUUUAGAUAAAGGCUGACUGUAGAUCAAGGAAGCCGGCAGAAUUCAGUUUAGAUAAAUAACCAUCAAGCUAACCACGUUAAUGUUGCAUCGGGAAGCAGGUGGCUAAUGUUAAAUAAGUGUGCCUGCGAAACGAUUUAUUUGUGGAUUUAGGACGGCAUCAUUCUCUUCCAUAAUCUUCCAAACACAAAUUCAACGCCUACAGCUCACUAACCAGAGAGUCGCUAUUUGCAUUUAUUUAGUGUGUCGGGAGUGGUGAGCCUACUAGGCUACAGUAACGUUAUAUGCAGCGGUUGCAGAAAGCAGUUGAUCACCACGCGACAUCUGUGAGCAAGCAAAAGAAAUAAACCUAAAUCCUUGGAAGAAAAUUGAAUGAUUGGAGUCAACCAGUCGCAACGUAAACAAGUUCACGGGCUGCUGCAAAGGAGAUGAACGGGCUGUGGAGGCGUGAUGUCCCCCUGUCGGAGCGGCUGGGGAGCGACUCUCCCGCGGGAAUGGCGCCAGGACCUCCGGCCACCGCGGCCCCCCCGGGCCCCGCGGGGCCCAACAUCUCCUGGCUCCCGGAGGCCCCCCUGGUGACCCCAGAGCCACCCAUCUUCCUCAUGACCACCGCCGCUCAGGCUGUGUCCGGCUUCUUCGUGUGGACUGCCCUGCUGCUCACCUGCCACCAGAUCUACAUGCACCUGAGGUACUACAGCGCCCCGAACGAGCAGAGGCACAUCGUGAGGAUCCUGUUCAUCGUGCCCAUCUACGCCUUCGACUCCUGGCUCAGCCUGCUGUUCUUCACCAAUGAGGAGUACUACGUGUACUUCGACACGGUGCGCGACUGCUACGAGGCGUUUGUGAUCUACAACUUCCUGAGCUUGUGCUACGAGUACCUGGGAGGGGAGAGCUCCAUCAUGUCUGAGAUCAGAGGGAAACCCAUCGAGUCCAGCUGCAUGUACGGGACAUGUUGUCUCUGGGGAAAGACGUACUCCAUCGGUUUCCUCCGUUUCUGUAAACAGGCCACUCUGCAGUUCUGUGUGGUGAAGCCCCUGAUGGCCAUGAUCACAGUCAUUCUGCAGGCGUUCGGAAAGUACAGAGACGGAGACUUCAACGUGGCCAGUGGGUAUCUGUACGUCACCAUCGUGUACAACAUCUCGGUCAGCCUCUCCCUCUACGCGCUCUUCCUCUUCUACUUUGCCACCCGCGAGCUGCUCGUCCCCUACAGCCCCGUGCUCAAGUUCUUCAUGGUCAAGUCCGUCAUCUUCCUCUCCUUCUGGCAAGGCAUGCUGCUGGCCAUCCUGGAGAAGUGCGGGGCCAUCCCCCAGAUCAGCUCGGCCGAAAUGUCUGUGGGCGAGGGCACGGUCGCCGCCGGCUACCAGAACUUCAUCAUCUGCGUGGAGAUGUUCUUCGCCGCCCUGGCCCUCCGCCACGCCUUCACCUACAAGGUGUACAUGGACAAGCGGCUGGACUCCCAGGGGCCUGUUCCCAUCUAUGGACAGUACGGCCGCUGUGCCCCCAUGAAGAGCAUCUCCAGCAGCCUGAAGGAGACCAUGAACCCGGGGGACAUGGUGCAGGACGCCAUCCACAACUUCUCCCCGGCCUACCAGCAGUACACGCAGCAGUCCAGCCUGGAGCAGCGCUCAGGCCCCCCCGUGUCCCGCAGCCACAGCGCCGCCAGCGCCCGCGACAACGAGAAGACCCUGCUGCUCAGCUCCGACGACGAGUUCUGAGCCUCGGCGGGGGGUCGGUGGAGGGUGGGGGGGGGGGGUGUGCCAUGGGCGGGGCUUAUGAAGGGGACACUGCGCCACAGGAAUGCGCAGGCACCGUGGUAACCUGUCUCUGAAAUUAGGACUUAGAUGGGCACAUUACAGGUACAAGCACACUGUGUUUGUGAAAAAGGCUAGAGUCAUCCUACGCACGCACACGCACGCACGCACACACUCUCUCACACACAUGCACCCACAAGAAUGCGCACACACACACGCACACCCAUGUGCGCACACACACAAAAUACACAGAUACACUCAGCAGAGAGACUUAAAGGUAUAACACAUUCACACUCAAACAGGCAGACACACGCACACAUUCAGUAGAGACAGAUAAAAUGUAUAACACAGUCACUCUGUUUAUUUCAUGUCAGUUCUCAUUCCCCUCAUUCAUGAGCUCUUCACCAAAUUGUUGCCAAAUAGUAGAAUAAGGACUCCUCUGUCCCCCUCAGCUUUUUAAGUAUUGUUUAUUAUUGUUAUUAUUUUGUUUAAUUGGGGACAAUUAAUUGGGGUGUCUGAAAGGGUCCUAGAUAUUUGCUGAGAAUUGUUACAUAUUACAUUUGUGUGAAAAAAAGUAAUAGUUUUGCGAUUGAUAUUUGAGCUUGUGGGUGACUUUCCUUCUGAACGAAAUAUGUUAAGUAGUGACGUGUGGAUUUCUUUUGUGCUGUAGAGGGGCAGAGGGAGGGCCUCUGUGACUGACAGCUGCCGGUGGGGCUUAGUUGAGGGGGUGACCAAUUGAGAGACAAGGGCUCUGGGCUUUGGCUAUAGCCUGGAGCAGUCUGGAUUAUAACAGAGUAAUUGGGCCGUUGUGGAUGGCUAUAAGCAGGACAUAAGACACUACAGUGUGGCCCUUAACAGACAAUGUCGGUUAAAUGGCUGUACAAAUAAUGUAGGUUAUAUCUCUUGAGACAUAAGCAGUGAUGGAAUAUGAGCUGUGGUUUUAUGAGAAUCACUAUUAUUUUGUGAUGUGAUGUGUAAUGUGAUGCAGAAGGCUUUUAACUGCAUUCAAACAAAAACUUUUGAAGCCUAUAUGGAAACUACAAGAUAACGUUAGAUGAACGUUUGGUGCCAGUCUUGUCUCUUUGUGUUUUAUCAUAACCGUGCAGACCAUGGUACGCCCCCUGUGCACUGUGUUCAAGGGACGUAAGAGAGAAGCUGUCAGCCACAGAAGUGCCGUCAGCCGUGUGAAUCCACAAGUGCACGUGGUUGUACAUAGCAUGUGCCACUAGGGGGCGACAGAGUGUUUAUUUUUAUCAUUACUAUCCACUUGGCUCCCAGGAUGUUUUUGUGGAGAUAUGACACUCGUACUUGUACACAGAGUCCUCAGGGUCCCAUAGUAAGAUGCGUGUCUGGAUUGUGCCAUAGUUUCCUUCGUUUGGUUUCUUCCCUGUGAAUGACAGUGCUCCUGUCCUGAGAAUCCUGAUCCAGAACCAGUGCCAACACUACAUAGGCCUCUUCAGUACAGGGACAAUAUCACUGCGGUACAGUGGCUGUGAUGUCACCUCAGGAGCUCCACCAAUCACAGAGUAACCACCAAAAGAACAAUGCCGGCAUUGAUUGACAUUGAUCUAUUAGUCACCACCAGCGUUCUUUUGGUUGUUACACUGUGAUUGGUGGAGCUCCUGCGGUGACAUCACAGCUGUCUUACCCCUCUGUCACUGCUGCAGUGAUGCCAGUGGAGGUCUGCAGUGUUUGAGCAGCUAUUGUGAGACAUGGGGCUAAAUAAGCAAUGAGCCUCAGUGUCUGUGGGACCACAUUCCCUUAGCAAAUGAAACACCAAUAAACAGGUUCACACUGUAAGAAACAAUGAACUGAUUUAUUUAGCUUAUGUGACAACAUGGUUCUCUUUAACGUAUCUCCUCCUAUCACAAGGGGUUUUUUUAAAUGAAAGGAAACUGUUUAACUUUGCUCAUCCUCUUAUUCUUAUUAAUUUACCUGAAUUCUGAUGUAUUUUAUUAUUGCGAUAUAUGAAUAUAUUAUUGCUGAAGAUGCAGGUUAUUUGUAAAUAAAUUGUAAAAGGAGGUCCUGUGAAAAUAGCUUUCGUGUUCACCAUGCUGAUGUUGAGCUGAGAAAAAAAGUGCUUAGUUUUGUACUAUUGCUGUCCGUUUAUUUAAUUUUCUGUUUUUAUUUCUUUGCUUUUUGUAUAUGGACUUAAUGCUUUCACAGAUUCUGCUUCUAUUUUUUGUCAUUGUGAUGGUCAGAUUAAUAAAAGAGCAAAUGUGUUUAAAUUA